GCAACCCCCGCACCGCAACCACGUCAUUUACCGCUAAGAAAAUCAUGUAAUUUUAUUGUUUACGUCUCAUAUUCGUGUUUUUGUGUGUUUCUGUUAACAAAAUGAAGUUUGCCGACGUCCUGAGACGUCUGGACGCCUAUCCGCGAACCCUGGAUGACUUCAGCGUGCGCACAGUGGGCGGUGCCGCAGUCACUAUUAUAAGUACCAGCAUCAUCAGCCUGUUGAUCUUCCUUGAAUUCCUGAACUACAUGCAGCCCACCAUGAAUGAGGAGCUGUUCGUGGACACCACCCGCGGCCACAAGCUGCGCAUUAAUCUGGACGUCACCCUCCACAAUCUGGGAUGCAACUACGUGUCUUUGGAUGCGAUGGACUCGUCGGGGGACACACACUUGAGGGUGGACCACGAUGUCUUUAAGCACAGACUAGAUCUUAAAGGAGAGCCUCUGAAAGAGACGCCCAUUAAGGAGAUUGUGGCCGUCUCUCCGCCCAAUAAGAAUGUCACUUGCGGCAGCUGCUAUGGAGCUGAGCACAACUCUACGCACUGCUGCAACACCUGCGAGGAGGUGCUUGAUGCCUACCGGCUGCGCAAAUGGAACGUGCAGGUGGACAAGAUCGAGCAGUGCAAGGGAAAAUACAAGCGUACAGACGAGGAUGCCUUUAAGGAAGGCUGCCGCAUCCAGGGACACCUGGAGGUGAAUCGUAUGGCCGGCAGCUUUCACUUUGCCCCCGGCAAGAGCUUCUCCAUACGACAAUUCCACAUCCAUGACUUCCAGUUCAGCAAUGUGAAGCUGUCCCACACUAUCAAUCAUUUGUCGUUUGGCGAGAAGAUUGAGUUUGCCAAGACGCAUCCGCUGGAUGGGAUGCACGUAGAAGUAGAGGAAAAAAAAAGUGAAAUGUUCAAUUACUAUUUAAAAAUAGUUCCCACAUUAUAUAUGCGGGAUAGCGACGGUAAGCCCAUAUACACAAACCAAUUUUCGGUGACACGGCACCGGAAAGAUCUUUCGGAUCGGGAACGCGGAAUGCCCGGCAUAUUCUUCAGCUACGAACUCUCUCCGCUGAUGGUCAAGUACGCGGAAAAGCGCAGCUCUUUUGGCCACUUUGCCACCAAUUGCUGCUCCAUCAUUGGUGGCGUGUUUACAGUAGCCGGCAUACUGGCCGUGCUGCUGAACAACUCCUUGGAGGCAAUUCAACGCAAACUGGAGGUGGGCAAGCUCAGCUAACGACAAAUGGAAUCUUUUUGGCAGCUUCAUUGCAGCUUGACUACGCCUAUCUCAUUUAACAUUCGACAAAUCUCCAAAUAAAAGUGCUUAUUUUAUAGAAAAUUACAAA